AUGGCAGAGCUCACGAGCACGAAACUCAAUGCCGAGUCGCAUCUCUUGCUCGACCAACCUCUCCUCCGCAUGCCAUAUGAGCUUUCCCGGCGCAACUUCAAAAACGCCCAGCGCGUCAUCGAGCACUCCUCGACCGCCCUGCCCACCGCCCUCAGCGCAACCGCAAAAGCCGCAAACAAGAACGCCUCCCCAGAGGCAACCCUCUCCUCGCUCGACUCCCUGAUUACCAAAAUGCAAGGCCUAAAACGCAAACUCGAGGGCCUCCACGAAGAAGAAAACCGUCUCCACCGCGCUGCCAAAGCGCGCCUGCAGCACCUACAAGACCUCUACCAAGUCCAGAGUCUCGUCGACGUCAAAUACGACGAAUGGUCGCGCACACGACUUAGCAGGUUACUUGUCGACUACCUGCUCCGGGAGGGAUAUGCCGAGAGCGCAGCAUGCCUUGCGCAAAGCAAGGGGAUCGAAGAUCUAGUCGAUGUAGAAGCAUUCGUAGCAUGUCACAAGAUCGAGCGGAGCCUCCGUGAGGGCAUGAGUACGGCGCUGGCACUCGAGUGGUGCAAGGAACAUGGCAAGGAGCUCAAGAAGGGAGGAAGCAUGCUGGAGUUUGAGUUGAGGUUGCAGCAGUAUAUUGAGCUUGUGAGGCAGGGGCAUGAGGCCGGAUUGAAAGCAAAGUUAGUGGAAGCCAGGGCGCAUGCGAAGAAGUAUCUUAGUGCGAGUGGGGAUUUUACGCUCAUGAGACAGGCGGCGGGUAUGUUGGCGUAUAGGCCGUGGGAUGAGGUGGAACCGUAUGCUUCCCUCUACUCUCCCUCCCGCUGGUCCUACCUCGCAGACCUCUUCGUCUCAACCCAUCACACACUAUACUCGCUUCCGCCUCGCCCCCUCCUCCACAUCGCCCUCAGUGCAGGUCUUUCCGCCCUCAAGACACCAGCCUGCCACUCCGAAUACAUUCCCUCAGCUACAAACGCCGCCUCGUCCGCUACAACUGUCUGCCCUAUUUGCAGUGCUGAGCUCAAAGAACUAGCGCGCAAUGUGCCGUAUGCGCUGCAUACCAAGAGUAUUGUUGAAGAUGCGCCGGUUGUGCUGCCCAAUGGCCGUAUCUAUGGCUCUGAGAAAUUGCGUAUUUUCAAUGAGAAGGUGGGGACGGAGCCAGGAUUUGUUAGGGAUCCUGUGGCUGGGCUGACGGGGGAGAAGUGGAAGGAGAGUGAGGUGCGGAAGGUGUAUAUUAUGUGA